AUGGCUAAUUUCACAUUUGACUUCGACCUCGCUGACGACCUCGACGAUGAUUUCGACCUCAUCCCGGCUCCGUCGCAGAUCAACUCGGAGACGAAGACAGAACCUGCGUUAUCCCACGAAGCAGCACUUUUUUCGGAGGUCUCUGUUUCUGAAUUACUCGACGCUGUACCCGAAAGUAUAUCCUACUCUCCCUUACACAUUCCCAUUGUGUCAGGCCGCGCACCAGUUGCUCUCGCCCGUCGCGAUUUAUUUGAUGCGAGACUCCAAGUGAUAUCGCAGGAAGGCGCGGAUGACGAGGAUAAGACGGGUGCGCUCGAUUUCUUGGCCGCACCUUCAGAUCUCGUGCCAGGCGUCUAUGAAGGCGGGCUGAAGACGUGGGAGUGCAGUGUCGAUCUUGCUGAGUGCUUGGAAGCGCAGGCUGCCAAGGAGGGUGAAGAUUGGGUGAAGGGCAAACGCGUAUUGGAGCUUGGAUGUGGUACAGCUGUUCCGACCCUCGUCCUUCUGCACCAGCUAUUUGCAGCCCUCGCAACAUCAGAAGAGAAGGCUUCAAUCGAAACGCAUAUCCAUCUGCAAGAUUACAAUCGCUCUGUUCUGGAGCUUGUCACACUUCCAAACAUUCUACUCGUAUGGUACAUGUCGCCCCUUUCCUCAGCCUACCGUGCCUCCCAACCAGAUCUGCCGGAUGAUGCAGAUCCCCAGACCCCCGGAGAACUUUCGUUCCCAUCUGAAUUCAAGCAGGCUUUCCUCGACACGCUCUCGCGACACCACAUCUAUCUGCGCUUCUUCUCAGGAUCAUGGGACGGGCUCGAUGUCAACGUCAUCUGGGGCUCGAAUCCAACGCCUGACCCUUCGUCCAAAGGCCCUUGGAAGACAAAAUACGACGUCGUGUUGACAUCUGAGACGAUCUACAGGACAGAUAGCUUGCCCGCUCUGUUGCGCGCCUUGCGCCACGCGUCACUAGGGGCUCCUUCUCUCACCGAAGAUGCAACGACAGAGUUGGUCGAAAAAACCGCCAACAUAUCUCUUUGCGGGGACAUAGAGGUAUCAAAAACGAGUCUAUGCCUGGUAGCAGCGAAGGUUCUCUAUUUCGGCGUCGGGGGUGGCGUAGAAGCUUUUGUGAAAGCCGUCGAGGACCAAAAAUUGGGUACGGCGGAGACAGUUUGGGAGCGAAAGGAGGGAGUAGGCAGGAGAGUCAUGCGAAUACUAUGGCGAUGA